GGACCCCGCUGCCGCCGCGCCCGCGGUCUCUCUGGCCGCUCCGUCAGAGGUGUCCGCUGCCACACGACGCAUGGCAGCGGCGGUGGCGAACAUGCAGCAGAUUCCCACGGUCUCCGCCGCCUCUGCUCUGCCCGCUCCCAAGAAGCAGGCGGAGCAGCAGGAGGAGGACGGCCCCGGGAACUACCGCGUCAUAUCGGCAGGGCCGCUCAAGGCGCUCCCUGUGAGCCAGGACUACGCCCGCACCAGCCCGAAGGUGGGGGAGGUGGCGGUGCAGCAGGAGGUGAGCGUCCUGGAGGUGGCCGCGGAGCUGAACGACGGCAGGAGGCGCGCCCGCAUCGACGGCCCCGUCGGUUGGAUCACCCUGCUGGACACCAACAGCGGCUUCCGCUUUGCCACGAAGCAGGCGUCCACGCUGGCCGAGCCCGCGGAGCCCGCGGUGAGGCCUGUUGGAGUGGCGCCUCCUGGGAGCCCUGCGGUGAAGCCUGCUGCACAGGGGCCCGCCGCUGCUGAGGGGCCCACCGCCGCGGCGCCCGCCGCGCCGGUGCCCCCCGCGGCGGAGGCCGCCGCGCCGCCGGCGCCGCCCGCCGUGGCGUGCCCCGAGGGGCACCCGCUGGCGCCGCUGGUGGCGCCAGGCUCGGGCAGCUGCGACAGGUGCCAGGCCGAGGUGCCCGAGAGGGCCGAGGUGCUCGAGUGCGGCGUGUGCAACUGGUGGCUCUGCCAGGCCUGCGCCGCGCGGGAGGCGCCGGGCCUGCGGGCCGCCCCCGCGGCGGAGGCCGCGCCGCAGCCGGCGCUGCGCGUCACGCGCGCCGGGGCGAAGCGCCUCCCGAGGCUGGCCACGCCGGCGCCGUGCUCGGAGGACUCGCCGCGCCCAGCCAGCGCGCUCGCCGGCCGGAGGCCGGCCGACUCGCCGAGCCCGCUGCUGAAGAAGACGGUGAGCUUCGACGAGAAGGAGGAAGUUCGGCAGAUCGCCGCGCGUGGCGAGGAGUCCCCGUACAGCCCAGGGGCGGACGAGGCGCUCGCGCAGGAACCGGAUGCGCCGCCGCCGCCGCCCGCGGGCGCCGGCGCGGCGCCGCAGCCGCCGCAGGAGGACGCCGGCCACUCCGAGGCGGCGCUCCGCAUCACGCGCCCGAACGCGAACGUGAAGAGGCUGCCGAAGCUUGGCGGCCAUCUGCCCCGCUCGCCGCGCCGGGACGCGCCGCUCUCGCCGCCGCACCCCGCGGCCUCGCGGCGGGCCGACGAGGCGGCGCCGGCGCCCGCCGGCGAGGGGGAGCCCGCCGAGCCCGGCGGCGCCGAGCCGUGCGGCUGGGACAGCGACGAGGAGCGCCCGCGCCGCCGGGCCUCGGGCCCGGCCGCCGACGCCGGCGCGGGCGAGCAGAAGAUGGUGAUCCCCGAGGGGCCCGCGGUGGCCAUGGAGAUCGCCGACCCCUCCGGCUUCGACAGCGACGACGGCUCUCAGGAGAAGCCCGCGGUGUCCCUCGCGAGGCCGGCGAGCGCGUCCCGGGGAGGCCUCGCCAUGGAGUUCGACAUGGGCGGCCCCAAGGCCGCCGUCCCCAAGGCCCUGGCCGAGCGCCUCUCCCGCAAGAGCUCCGGCCCGAGGAGGUCGGGCGGCAAGGCCGGGCGCCUGGACCCGACCCGCCCAGCGGACCCGCGAAAGGGAAAGGCCGCGCUGGCCCGCCCGGCGGCGCCCGCGGAGGCGGCGCCCGCGGAGGUUUCGUCUUUCGUGGGGUCCUUCGGAGCCCGGCUGACUUCUGACUAUGGGCACAUGCAGAAGGUGGCGAACAUGCAGAUUCCCACGGUCUCCGCCGCCGCUGCCCUGCCCGCUCCCAAGAAGCAGGCGGAGCAGCAGGAGGACGACGGCCCCGGGAGGUACAGCGUCAUCUCGGCAGGGCCGCUCAAGGCGCUCCCUGUGAGCAAGGACUACGCCCGCACCAGCGAGAAGGUGGGGGAGGUGGCGGUGCAGCAGGAGGUGGGCGUCCUGGAGGUGGCCGCGGAGCUGAACGACGGCAGGAGGCGCGCCCGCAUCGACGACCCCGCCGGCUGGAUCACCCUGCUGGACACCAACAGCGGCUUCCGCUUCGCCAUGAAGCAGUCGGACACGCCUGCCGAGCCCGCGCUUCCUGCGGAGCCUGCUUUGAAGCCUGCUGUGCUGGCACCUCUGGAGGGAGCCGCUGUGAAGCCUGCUGGGAUGGCACCUCCGGGGGGCGCUGCGAUGAAGCCCGCUGGUAUGGCGCCUCCGGGGGGGGCUGCGGUGAAGCCCGCUGGUAUGGCGCCUCCAGAAGGCGCUGCGGUGAAGCCCGCUGGGAUGGCGCCUCCAGCAGGCGCUGCCGUGAAGCCCGCUGGAAUGGCGCCCCCCGGGGGCGCUGCGGUGAAGCCCGCUGGGAUGGCGCCUCCAGGAGGCGCUGCGGUGAAGCCCGCUGGCAGGCGCUGCGGUGAAGCCUGCUGGGAUGGCGCCUCCUGCCUAGGCGCCGGCCGCCACUGCGGACUGCGCUCCCGCCUGUGCAUGGACGCCGGCCACGCAGGAGUGGCCCCACGCCAACUGGCGGUGCGUGGGGCAGCCUUUCUCGGGGGCAGUGAGGGGUCCGCGGGCUCCUCGGGCGGCGGGCUGUGCCCUCGCAGGGGGGGGAUGGGGCGAGGAGGAGGAGGACCACCCUCGUCCUAA